UGGGCCAGAGCCAAAAAAAAGGGGCAGGAAGCUGGAAGGAGGGAUGAAGAAGAGAUGCAGAGAUGAGCGUCUGGAGAGGGGCUGGGCCAGAGAGUCAUCUGGCUGUUGGGACGCAUCUUAAGGGACUAUUUUGUCCUUCCUGUGGUUUGUGGGUUUGCCUUUGGAGGAAGGGCGCCUUCCUUCCCAGGGGACUUGGGGUAAGUGGGCCACAGCCCCACUUUGGCUGGACCCCACCCUCCCACGCCUUGACUUGGGGACUUGGGGGGGGUUGCCUGUUCCUUGGGCCUUUGCCAUCUUGUUAGCUUCUGGAGCGGAGUCACAAAUUCAGGUGCCUUAAGGGAGGCAGAAACUCAAAAGACUACAAUAGCAGGUUCCCCUGCAGAGAGGAGCAGAUCUGUGAUGAGGGAGAAGGGCACCCCUGCCAAAAGGUGUUAAAGUCCACACCGAAGCCAGCCUGGGGGCUGCGGGAGGUGGCACUGGACUCGCCUCAGACCCUGUGACUCUGCCUUUCAGGCAGCAGAGGGCGGAAAACCAAGCGAUCGCCAUCAGCAAAGAGAACGUACAGGUGACCAGGGCCAGGUCCAUUAUUCCUCCAAGCCACUGUCCCCAGAACCCCCUGCAGAGAGAACCGUGGGUGCAGGCUGGCCUGGCGGGGGUAGGAGGGAGGUCCUAGGAAGUAAUGCUGUGCCCCCACAGCUCUGGUCCCAGGUCCCCUGGAGUCUGAGCACUCAAAUGGUCUGGGCCACUCAGGCCUGUCUUCUCCCCACCCCCAAGGCCUCCACAGAAGCCUCAGCAACUGUUCUCGCGAGACCCAGGAGAGGGGCAGGCCAGCCGAACACAGAAGAGGAGGCCGCAGAAGCGCGCGGCUCUGCGGACCCAGAUGGAGCCAGCAGCGGCCGCAGCCCCAGGGGCUGAGCAGGCCUCCCAGAGGGCGAGGGAGUUCAAGGGCCUGGGGGCCCACACAGUGCAGUCAGGCCCACGUGCCUUGUCCCAGAGCUUUGCAGACAAGAACCUGCUACCCCUGACACCCCGGCAGCUGGCAGGUGAUGGAAGCGUAAGCUUCGAAGACUUCCUGGGUGUCCUCACUGACAGCCACCGCCUGGCUCAGUGCUUGGGCAAGGUGAGGAACAGCAGGGUCUGUGACCCCCACGGCUUGCAGACUCUCUUCUUAGAGACGCUCUUCAAGCUGAUGAGUCUGGGCUUCGUGCCCUACAAGUCGGCGCAGGAGGUGAUGAGCUACUACUCCAGGAAGCAGCGGUCUCUGCGGCUGAACUGCAGCUGGAAGGGCGGGCCCCGCUGCCACGGCAGCACCGGGCGCUCACACGCGGGUCUCGCGUUCUUCUGCCAGGCCACGCGCCUCAGCGGCCUUUCCAACGCCGAGCUGGCGCGCACGCUACAAGGACUGCACAAAGAGGGUGCGCCCGGGGCUGGACGGGGAACCACGAGACUGAGACUGAGAACUGUCUCUCAGGAUCUGCUCUCAAGACGGGCCCUCCUUUUCCUCGUCCCAGGUGCGCGCAGCCCCUACUCCCAGGUACCUACCCUGAACGGGCGGAUGCAGCCAGAAUGCUACACGCAGAACCGAACCUCGCGCCCCGAAGUCCGACUUCCCAAAUCCUACUGGCGCAGCCCCCCCAAGCGCCAGGUCGAUCGUGAGGGUUCCUGGGCCAGCCACUGGGGUAUAUGCGCCCCUCGAAGCUGGCUCCCUCCCCCCCAACUCUAGUGCAGAGGCAGCCCUGCUCCCCUCCUCCAGCCUGUUUGCAGCGACCUGCUAUGAAGAACUCGUACAAGCAGAGCGUUUGCUGAGCGAAACGGGCUGCACGUGGUGGGGGCGGGCACGGAGCGGACGCGAGUCUUUUGGAAACGUCUUUAUUAAUCUUGUAUAAAAAUAAGGUCCAUGGAAA